AUGAGUAGUUCCGAGGAGGUAAAAGCCGCCUGCAAAUGCCUGCUGGGCGUCCUUGUGCUCCUUAUCUGCUUCUUCCUGAGUUUUCAGAACCACAAGCCAAAAUGCUACAUAACUGACUUAUUUGUUCCGGCCCUCAACACAUAUACCAAUUCCAGCACCACCAGAGCCAACACCUUUAUCUUCUUCGACCUUAAGCUCGAAAACGUAAUGCCUUUCAAUGGCCUUCGCUACGAUAACGUAAACCUGACCAUCUCUUACAACUACGGUGGAGACAGGAGCGCGCUCUUUAUCCCGAUAGCCCGACACACGGUGCCAGGAUUCUACCAAGGCAUGAGGAAGACAGCCCACAAGAGAGACGUUACCACGACUCGUGGAGUGCCAUGGGGGGACGCCUUUGCGGCAGUUUCCAAUGGGUCGACCGCCGUUUUCCGGGUGGAUUUGGCUACUAAGGUUAAGUCCAAGCAGUAUUUUUGGUAUGCCAAGAAGCAGAGGCUUACGGUGGGAGGUAUUGUGGGCGUCGGCAGUGCAGGUUUAAAGGAAAACAACAAAGCAAAUAGACUUAGAUGA